AUGGGCCUCAAGCGUCAACAAGCCAUGGAUGUGGCACCGUCGAUCGAGUCCACCAGCGCCUUCGCCCGCCACGACGCACCGCCGCAGUGCCACACACCGCUCGCGCCCAACGUCCUGACCUCCUCGUCGUCUCUGUCGCUUUCGUUAUUGUCCAGCGCCAGCAACAGCAGCGCCAGCAGCCACAGCAGUCGGACGUCCACUCAAGACAACGCCACUGUUCCGUCUCCUCCGCCCGUGUCCCGUCCCGAGCGCCACGUCGCGUCACUCACCGACGCCGAGCGGCGACUCGAGCGCGAGAGCGCGACGGACUUCCGACUUGGCCGCGCGCUGCUGCUGGCGACGCGGCGGGCGCGUGUAGCCGCUGCCCACGCGGCGCUCGCGCGUCGACGGACCGCCGCGCACCACGUGCUGCUGUACGCCAGUGAGAAGGCGCGCGCAGCGUACGCGCGUCGCUGUGGUGAGCUUCAGCGCGCGAUGAACGCCGACAUGGAACGGGAGCUCCGGCGGCUCCAGACGGCCAAAGACGGCGUGAGCGUCACGAGUCGUCGACGACGGGCCGUGCGCGACGACGCGCGCCGCAGUGGCGUUUCGGUCGCGCGGUCGGCCGCGAGCGGACUCGGCGUGCGGCGACGACGGAGUAUGUACACGAGCGAAGAAGACGAGGACGAGGACGAUCGACGGGCUGUCGGGCGCGGGCUGUGGGCCACGACGUCUGGGGAAGAACAAGCGCACCGCGCGCAGUUGCAGGAGAAGAAGUGGCUCGAGCGGCUCUUGGGUCGGGCGUCAGUGUUCCAGCCAGUGGUGCAGCACGUGGCUGCGAGCGAAGUGGCUGAGGACCUCGAGACGAUCCAAAGCGCUCUCUCGAUGCAGCAGGCGCAGGUGGAGACGACAGGCAGGACGACACGGUAUCAGAGGCACAAGGCAGCGCUACAGCAGCAACAGCAGCAGCACGUUGAAACGAACGAUGAGGAGAAGGAGCAGGUGAAGAAGCCGAAGCGACAGCGGCGGAUGAUGGGGACGCCGAGGGCAGUACGAGACGCAUCACGAGCUGCCGUUCCUGCAUCAAUGACACCGGUGCACAGGACUGCAAACACUGCAGCGACGUCUCGACGGCCUCGACUGCACUAUAACCCACACAUGCUACAGGAAGGACAGGAGAUCGAAGUGCUCAAGCGCCGGCAUACAAAAGCAGCUAGCGGUCGCGAACGCCAGGACGAAUGCGUGCUGUCCGGUACCAUUACUGCUGCCACGGCGACGCAGGUCUAUGUGCUCACAGCCAGCGGUCGCUUCGAGUCGUUUGACGUUCGGGACUGCAUUCGAGGCGUGCUCUACGUGCGGGCAGCUGCGGGCCACAACAGCCUGACCCACAGCGUCCAGGACGAGACGGACGCUAGCAGUGCGAUGGACUACACGAACCGAUGA